ACUGGAGAGUACGAGGCUAUGGAGCAGCAAAGGAUCGAUGCGCCGCCGCCGCCGCCGCUGCCGCCUCCACAGCAGCCGCCGCCUCCGCCAUGGCAGCCGCAAUUGGAUCGUCCUCUCCAGCAGCAACAACAUGGUCAGUUUUAUGCACAGCAAGAUCAGGCUUCCUCUGGAUUGACUCAAGCUGUGGAUUGGGCCGCCAAAGCCAAGGCUUGGAUGAGCGCAAAAUCUGCUCAGGGACAUAUGAAAGCUGUAGCUCUGGAUCCUCCUCCGGAAAGCUUGCAGCAGCCAAACGGAGCAUUUUCUCCGCACCCUCACUUCUUGCCUCGGCCUCCAGAACUGCAACCACGUCCAGCGCAAGUGUUACACCGUCUUUCUAGCGUCGAUCCCUCGCAACAUGGCUUCUCUGGAAGUCCAUCAGGUGUUGUGUGGAGCGUUACUCCGACCAUGCCGCUUCCACCUUCUCAAACUUUUCAUCCCAUUCAGCAACAGCCAACGUUUCCGAGGCUCCACGGCGUGGCAUAUCGACCAGCAUUUGCUUUUGGAGCUAGUCCAGCUGUUCCAGUCGUUGAUCCUGCGCAGCAAAAGAAGGCACCCGUUCCUUCUUGGCUGAGGGAGGAACUGAAGAAAAAAGUGAGGACGCCAUCACUUGGCCCUGUCACAGACGUGACGAGAAAAAAUACUUCUGAGGUUUUGAGGCCUGGCAUAGACAGCACGCCAGUUUCGCCAGGUGGAAGUGAAACAGAAGGAGAUGAUGAGGACGAUGCUGAAAGUGCUGCCACUUCUGUGAUCAAUCAAGAGAUAAAGAGAGUUCUAACUGACGUUCUUUUGAAGGUGACGGACGGGCUUUUCAAUGAAAUUGCACAAGAAAUAUUUGACGAGGAAGAGGCGAAGUCCCAGGCCUCGGAAAAGAGGGAGACGGACAACAUCCUGGCACCCAGUGCAGCUCCUGCCAGAGUUGUAGUUGCUGCUGGCGAUGGUGAGGAAGCAGAGAUAGAUACGAACUGCGCGGGGAAUUUCCUUGGCCUUGCAAGCUACGAUUCAGAUGACGACCAGACAGAAAAGAACGACAAGAAGUCCACCAGCAGAGACACAGAACAUUCUAAGGUGCCAAAUAGUGAGAACCCUGUGGUUGCGGACCAUCUCAAAACACAGGAAAAGUCUACUGGUCGUGAGCAGCUGCUGGCAAGGGAUUCAGAACGCAAUAAAGAGAAUGAAGGUGACGCAAAGCCGAAGGAGAAGAAAUCAAGAAAGGACAGGCGAACUGAACAUAAUCUGAAGGGAAAGAGAUACGAGCGCCAUACUCCACGAAGUCGAAGCAGAAGCAGGAGUUUCUCUCCCAGGCGCUCCAGAAGUAGGAGCCCAAGCCGGAGAAGGAGUGACAAGCGACGGAGAAGCAGGUCUCGGUCGCCCAGAUACUCUCAAAGAGGUUCAUCGCGUUCUUUCUCACGGUCCACUUCUUCUCCUCGUGAAGCUCGGAGACACAAGCACUCGAGGUCAAGGUCACCUGGACACUGGCACAGUAGGAGAUAGAUGAAUCAAUGGUAAGCCAUCCCGGCUGUACGGUUUUGAAGGUCACUUUGUCUGCAGUAUGUGAUUGCCGGCUAACUGGAUUGCAAAAUGUGGUGAGGAAUAUCCAUAUCUCAAGUCUGAGGUUCUUGUUUGAGGAUUCGGGGAAAGUGUUUUUAACAGGCAUGUCAUCGAGGUCCUUGU